UUUACAUCUUGAGACCCAAGACGAAAAUUGAAUUUAUCCUUGGCAGAUCUCUAAAAGAUGUUGGGGAGCAGGGAAGAGAGCUGAGUUUGGGACAGUUUGGGAAAGAUGCAAUUAACAGGAAUACCUCCUUUCUUUUAGAAAUAUGACAGAAAAAGAGAUUCUUGAGCCAUCCGCUUCACCUAUAUCUAUAAGGGGGAAAUCUCCAGAAGGGUUGCAGAAGCUAAAGCAGUUUUUCCAACGCAAGCCCAUGGAGGAGGAGCCUACCUCAGAGGAGCCCCAAGCCAACGGGGAGCUGGUCACUUCUUCCGGGGGAACCAUCUACUACUAUGAGGAAGUGGAGGAGGAUGAGGAAGAGCCUGAGCCACCACCUGAGCCGGAAAAACCUGUUAACGAUAAACCUCACAAAUUCAAGGAUCACUACUUCAAGAAACCUAAGUUUUGUGAUGUCUGUGCCCGCAUGAUUGUCCUCAACAACAAAUAUGGCUUGAAAUGCAAGAACUGCAAAACUCACAUCCAUCAUCACUGCCAAAGUUAUGUGGAAUUUCAGCGCUGCUUUGGCAAGAUACCUCCAGGUUUCCGCCGUGCUUACAGCUCUCCAUUGUACAGUGCCCAACAACUCUCGGGUGCUAGCCGAAAUGAUCCUGUCUUCGAUACCCUACGGUCAGGUGUUAUCAUGGCAAACAAGGAGCGCAAGAAAGGGCAGGAUAACAAAAAAAAUCCUUUGGCUGCCAUGAUGGAAGAAGAAACUGAAGCUCCCAAACCAGAAAGUGACAAACCAGAGGGAGGAAACCCAGAAAGGCAGAAAGCAGAGAAGAAUACCCCGGAUGACAAGAGUAAGAAGCAGCAAACUGGGUUCCCACAGUCUCACUACUUUAUUGCACUUUAUCGCUUCAAAGCCUUGGAGAAGGACGACUUGGAUUUUCACCCUGGGGACAAAGUUGCAAUUGUUGACGACUCCAAUGAAGAAUGGUGGCGCGGGAAGAAAAUUGGGGAGAUUGGAGAAAAAAUUGGAUACUUUCCGCCAAACUUCAUUAUCCGAGUGCGUGCAGGAGAACGUGUGCAUAAGGUCCUGAGGUCCUUUGUGGGCAACAAAGAAAUUGGUCAGAUUACAUUAAAAAAGGAUCAGAUUGUGGUACAGAAAGGAGAGGAGCAGAAUGGGUAUGUCAAAGUCUACACUGGCCGCAAAGUGGGACUCUUCCCCACGGAUUUCUUGCAGGAGAUCUGAGGUCCAAGCCUGGCCUUCACAAGGAUUUCAUAACCAAGGCCAGAGAAGGCCGGAGCGUUUGAGUGUUCAUGACCAGCUGCCAAUGCCUCUCUGCAAGGAAGCGGAGUUUCUGCAGGUCUGUGGUCCAAGGGCUAAGACUUCACAAGAAGGCCUGUAUCAUCCGUGAGCCAGGAUUCAAGGCAAGGAGCUUAUCUGCCACUUGGAGAGGACUCCGUGCUUCUCUUCAACUCUCCACUUUGCUGCUGGCAGAUUCCGGAAUGGGUUCAGCCAUUGUCCCUUUAUGAUCCUGUCGCGAAGGUGCUGGGAUGUGGCCAAAGCUGCUUGUCUGCAAAGAAAGUAGUGAUUGGACAAAUUGAUUGACAGAAUUGACAAAUGGCAAGAGAUACUGCUGCCUUCCCCUGUAGGUGGCACUAACAAUGUGCAUGCAUUUACUGUACUUCAAGAUAUGGCUGUCCCUUUGCUGGCAGAGGGGGAGCCUGGCUCCUAGUUUACUUGGAUGGCUUAGAUUCAAUUAUGUAUUGCCAAUAUUUGUUACCCUUUUCCAUCCCGCACUUGCCUAUCUGUGUUCAUGCAAAGCAGCAAGUUUCUGGAUUAAUAGAGAAUAUUUGUAGCUCAGGGUUGACAUGAGGGGUCCUUGGUGCUCUUUGAGCUUGUUUUUUUUU